AGAAUAAACGGCGCUUUAAGUUACCACUUGUCGCGGGCUGCAGCACGGAGAGGCAGACCAUCACCUUCCAGCCGAGCAGUAGGCUUGGACAGUGUGAAUGUAAUGUUCUAAGCAAGGGCGAUCGUUAACACUCCUCGUUCCCAGCUGUUUGGGACAUAAGAAGAUACCGCAGUGGUGACUCGCUUGUCGCUCUAUUUUGCCUUUUUUGCAUUUGGUCGGGAAAAUAGCUCGAGUGUCAACCUUCCAAGUUUUCCCUCCGUAUGUGCUGCGUCUUUCCUGAUCCGGACGUUUUCUGAAUAUAGAUGCUGGUCUCACGUUUAGCAGCUUUCUGCGUAUGUUGAAAACUGGGUUUUGUUGAAACGGAAUCUUUUUAACAAAGUUAAACUGUCCGUGGCGGGCGAUCAUUAAUCAUGGAGAACUCUCACAUGAAGAGUGUUGAGGAAGUUUAUAGCUAUUUUAGCGUCAACGACAGCACCGGACUUUCCCUAGACCAGGUGAAACGACACAAGGACAAAUGGGGACUGAAUGAGCUGCCCGCCGAGAUAGGGAAGUCUGUAUGGGAUCUUGUCUUGGAACAGUUUGAAGACUUGCUGGUGCGAAUUCUUCUUCUGGCAGCAUGUAUAUCAUUUGUCCUGGCCUGGUUCGAGGAGGGGGAGGAGACCAUCACUGCCUUUGUGGAGCCCUUCGUGAUCUUACUCAUUCUCAUUGCCAAUGCCAUCGUGGGGGUGUGGCAGGAGCGGAACGCCGAGAGCGCCAUCGAGGCCCUGAAAGAGUAUGAGCCUGAGAUUGCAAAGGUCUACAGGCAGGACAGGAAGUCCGUCCAGAGGAUUAAGGCCAAGGAAAUCGUGCCCGGAGACUCUGUGUCCAUUAUCAAGCACACCGACCCCGUACCUGACCCCCGUGCUGUCAACCAGGACAAGAAGAACAUGCUUUUCUCUGGCACCAACAUCGCUGCGGGUAAAGCCUUGGGUGUUGUCGUGGCGACAGGUGUGAGCACUGAGAUUGGUAAGAUCCGCGACGAGAUGGCCUCCACCGAGCAGGAGAAGACCCCCCUGCAGCAGAAGAUGGAUGAGUUCGGGGAGCAGCUCUCCAAGGUCAUCUCCCUCAUCUGCAUCGCCGUGUGGAUCAUCAACAUCGGACACUUCAACGACCCCGCUCACGGAGGCUCCUGGAUCCGCGGCGCCGUCUACUACUUCAAGAUCGCUGUCGCCCUGGCUGUGGCCGCCAUCCCUGAGGGUCUGCCUGCCGUCAUCACCACCUGCCUGGCUCUGGGUACCCGCCGUAUGGCCAAGAAGAACGCCAUCGUCCGCUCUCUGCCCUCCGUGGAGACUCUGGGCUGCACCUCCGUCAUCUGCUCCGACAAGACUGGCACCCUCACCACCAACCAGAUGUCCGUGUGCAGGAUGUUCGUCCUGGACAAAGCUGAGGGGGAGAGCUGCUCUCUGGCUGAGUUCACCAUCACCGGCUCCACCUACGCCCCGGAGGGGGAAGUCUACCGGGACAACCGGACAGUGAAGACCUCCGGGUACGAUGCCCUAGUGGAGCUCUCCACCAUCUGUGCCCUGUGCAACGACUCCUCCCUGGACUUCAACGAGUCUAAAGGCGUGUUUGAGAAGGUUGGUGAGGCCACAGAGACGGCCCUUACCUGUCUGGUGGAGAAGAUGAACGUGUUUGACACUGAAGUCAGAAGCAUGUCCAAGAUCGAGAGAGCCAACGCCUGCAACUCGGUGAUCAAGCAGCUGAUGAAGAAAGAGUUCACACUGGAGUUCUCCCGUGACAGGAAGUCCAUGUCUGUCUACUGCACACCCAACAAGGCCAAGUCCUCCGUCGGCAAGAUGUUUGUCAAGGGUGCCCCAGAGGGCGUGAUUGAUCGCUGCACCUAUGUGCGUGUCGGGGGCAACAGGGUGCCCAUGACCCAGGGCAUCAAGGAUAAGAUCAUGAAUGUGAUCCGUGAGUACGGCACGGGCCGCGACACCCUGCGCUGCCUGGCCCUCGCCACCAGGGACAACCCCCUCAGGAAGGAGGAGAUGGUGAUGACCGAGACCGCCAGCUUCGCCGACUACGAGUCUGACCUGACGUUUGUGGGCUGUGUGGGCAUGCUGGACCCCCCACGCCUGGAGGUGGCCGCAUCCAUCAAGCUGUGCCGCUUGGCGGGCAUCCGCGUCAUCAUGAUCACCGGGGACAACAAGGGCACGGCCAUCGCCAUCUGCCGCCGCAUCGGCAUCUUCGGAGACGACGACGACGUCGAUCGCAUGGCCUACACCGGCCGCGAGUUUGACGACCUGUCCCCCCACGCGCAGCGCGAGGCUGUCAUGAAAGCCCGGUGCUUCGCCCGUGUUGAGCCUUCGCACAAGUCCAAGAUCGUCGAGUUCCUGCAGAGCAUGGACGAGAUCACUGCCAUGACUGGGGAUGGAGUGAACGAUGCCCCCGCCCUGAAGAAGGCAGAGAUUGGCAUCGCUAUGGGCUCUGGCACCGCCGUUGCCAAGUCCGCAUCCGAGAUGGUCCUCGCCGACGACAACUUCUCUUCCAUCGUGGCCGCUGUUGAGGAGGGCAGAGCCAUCUACAACAACAUGAAGCAGUUCAUCAGAUACCUCAUCUCCUCCAAUGUGGGAGAGGUGGUCUGCAUCUUCCUGACGGCUGCGUUGGGUUUCCCUGAGGCUCUGAUCCCAGUCCAGCUGCUGUGGGUUAACCUGGUGACAGACGGUCUCCCCGCCACCGCCCUCGGCUUCAACCCCCCCGACCUGGACAUCAUGAACAAACAACCCCGUAACGCCAAGGAGCCCCUCAUCUCCGGCUGGCUCUUCUUCAGAUAUCUCGCCAUUGGAUUCUAUGUGGGCGCUGCCACUGUGUCAGCGGCCGCCUGGUGGUUCAUCAUCGCAGAGGACGGCCCAAUGAUCACCCUCUACCAGCUGAGCCAUUUCCUGCAGUGCUGCCCUGAAAACCCUGACUUCCAAGACCUGGAUUGCCAUGUGUUUGAGUCGCCUUACCCCAUGACCAUGGCUCUGUCUGUGCUGGUCACCAUUGAGAUGUGCAACGCCCUCAACAGCGUGUCGGAGAACCAGUCCCUGUUGAGGAUGCCCCCCUGGGAGAACGUCUGGCUGCUGGGAGCCAUCUGCCUCUCCAUGUCCCUGCACUUCCUCAUCCUCUACGUGGAGCCCCUGCCUGUCAUCUUCCAGAUCACCCCUCUGGACGUGGCUCAGUGGGUGAUCGUGGUGAAGAUCUCCCUGCCCGUCAUCCUGCUGGACGAGGUGCUCAAGUUCGUCUCGCGCAACUACCUGGAGCCGGCACCGGCAGUGUAAAGCUGUUUCUGUCCAGCUCUCCCCUCACCGCAGUGAGGCUUUUUGUUUAGUUUUAGUGCAUGAGUGUUCUGAGCAGCUUCCCAUCUUCCAAGACCUGCAUGUCAAAAAACGAGCUAGCGUCAAUCAAAGAGUGUUAGAGCUAUACAAGUACGAAAAUGGCUGAUCUCUAAAGAGAACUAAAAAUGGGUUUCAAAAUAAGAGUGAAUGGAUACAAUUUGGAAAAAGCAAUCAGUCAUUUUUAGUGACCCAUCCACCCCCCCC